UCUCAUGUGAAUUUUAUCACACUACGUUGACAUGGCAUUUUCCUUAAAUAAAAUUUUUUUUUUUAAAAGGAACCACAUGGAACUCAAUAUUUACAAAGUUGAGUUAUUUUCCUUUUAAAAUCUUUUUAAACUAAUGGAACUCGAUACUUUAAAUAUUGAGUUCCACGUGGCUUUUAUUAGUGGAGAGUGCCAUAUCAACAUCAUUCAUCAUGGCAAAAUUCAUACAAAACUUAAUCAUACAAAAAUCAAGUUUUACGCUUAAGGGUAUUUGGUACAUAUAUUUAAAUAAUAAUGUUCAUUAUUUAAACAUGAAAUAUGUAUUUUUACAAUACUUAAAUAACAAUAUAAAAAUAAAUUAAAUUAAAAAUAUCUCUAACUGAACGACCCAUAAAUUCCAAAACAGGGACUUUCCCCUAAAUAUUGAAAACAUGAAAAAUUGCUAUAUUUUUUUGCUAAUUAAGGGCAUUUUUCCAUUUUGGCCAAAAAAAAAAUUAACAAAUAAUCACACGUGUUGUGGUACGAAAGCGUAAGCGAAGGUGAAAGUGAAACAACCGAGCAGGCUCCCCUCUCAAGUCUCAAGUUCUGAACUUAGGAGUUAAAAGUCAACAAAACAAAAAAGUAAACAUAAACAUACUACCAAUAGUAAAAAAAAUAAAAACCAAAUCUUGGGUUAUAAAUCGUUUCCACGUUAUUUAUUUUUCUCUCUCUAUAAACAAAAAGAAAAAGUCUGUAGUUAACGAGUGACUCGGGCGAUGACCGGAGAGUUGACUCGUUGGGAGUCCGACGGAGAGAGCUUGUUGAAGAGCUUAGAACGCGACGAGAUUUUUGAGUAUUUAUCUGAAGGCUUUUGCCGUCAGUGCAAGUCUCUUCUCCAAACUCGUAUUCACUCCCUCGUCAACCAAAAGGUGCGUGAGCGUGAAAUAAGACCCAAGUCAAAUAAUGGUGACAUUGAAGGUUCAAGAUUUUUGAGUAGGCAAAGACAGGAGACUCGUUUUACUCAAAUGCCUGACUCUUCUUCAUGGAGAAAAGGAUCCAACUCUCACUUUCAGUCAUUAAACAAUUCAUCAUCUGAUGGACGUGACAGUGAGGAGGAGCAAAACGAGCAUAUCAGAGUAUCACAAGUUGUGAGGGAAAAGGAGUUUGUUUAUUUUGAGCGGAUAAAUGGGAAACCAACAAAUGUGCUUCAAGGCCUAGAGCUUCAUACCGGGGUUUUUAAUGCCGAGGAACAGAGGAAGAUUGUCGAAUGCGUCUAUGAUUUCCAAACUAUGGGCCAAAGGGGACAGCUAAGAGAGCGUACUUAUUCAGAACCAAGAAAGUGGAUGCGUGGUAAGGGGCGUGUCACUAUUCAAUUUGGUUGUUGUUACAAUUACGCAGUGGAUAAAAAUGGGAACCCUCCAGGCAUAGUAAGAGAUGAAGAAGUGGAUCCCCUACCAUCCUUGUUUAAGAAAAUGAUCAAAAGAAUGGUUAGGUGGCAUGUUUUACCUCCAUCAUGCAUACCUAACAGUUGUAUUGUAAAUAUUUAUGAAGAAGGAGAUUGCAUUCCACCUCACAUUGACCAUCAUGACUUUGUCCGACCAUUUUGCACAGUUUCAUUUUUGACUGAAUGCAAUAUACUUUUUGGCUCAAAUCUGAAGAUUUUGAGUCCAGGGGAGUUUGGGGGACCUGUCUCUAUGCCAUUGCCUGUAGGAUCAGUGUUGGUUCUAAAUGGUAAUGGAGCUGAUAUUGCUAAACACUGUGUUCCAGCUGUCCCAGCAAAAAGGAUAUCCAUAACAUUUAGGAAAAUGGAUGAUAGCAAAAUGCCAUACAGAUUUUUGUUGGACCCCGAAUUGGAUGGGAUUAAUCCUCUUGACUAUUCUUUGGCAAAUCACCGGAAAGUGCACUACAACGACAAAUCUACCCGUCGUGAAUAUGAACCUGUGAGAACAAGGAGCAACAACUCCUUUGUCAUUGAGAAAGAUGAUUUUCCUCCACUUGGCAGCUCAAGAGCUGCCAUGAAUGGAUUGAGAGUCAGCAAAGACAGAUCAAGGCAACGAAAAUUUUGAAAGUUAGUAGUUACUUGAUCAAAUUUGUUGUUGUAUCAGGAAGAGUGCAAUUUGUUUGGUUCAAGUUAUAUAUUUUUUGUGGCCAUGUAACAUUCUAAGAUACUCGAAUUUUGAUACAUUUUUUAGAACCCAAUAAUACUAAAUGCAUAUCUAUUUUUAUCCA